UCGUUUUAUUUGGACGGAUUCAACGGUGUGGGAUUCAACACAACGAAACCAUGCGCUUCACAGAAAACGUUCAGAAGAAAACAGAAAAACGACCCUCCAACGCGCACGCUUUCCACGUGUUUUCACGCGCAAGAAUUUGUGUCAAUUAAGCAAGCGAAGGUUCCCUCACUGUCAUUUCCCGAGCGUUUUAAGGCCUAAAACGGUGGCGCUUCUCUGCAGCACAUGCGCCAGAAGCUAAAGAUUUUGAACUUUUAGCUUUAUCCUCAAACAAACUCCCUCCAUUACCCCGUCCAAUGGCUCUUCCUCUUUGCUGCAACGCAAAGUUACCGCCCUGCUUUCGUUCUUCGACUCGUUACGAGCAAAAGUUUCAUUUCAUUAACCACCAGAAUAUCCGAUUUUUCAGGAGCAGUGAAGUGUCGAUUUCUUCUAAGAGGAUAAGCCAUCGCUUAGCUCCUUUAAAAUCGUCUUCGAUUAACGGAUUCUCGGUAGAGAAGAAUCUGGAACAUUUUGAGGGAGCGCAUAGUGUAGAGAAUGUCGAGUUGGGUGAGAGAAUUCGGAAAUGGAUUGAUUUUCUUCAAUCGGUGUUACCUGGAGGGAGCUGGUGGAGUUUCUCCGAUGACGUGGAGCUUAAAUUGAUGGCCAAGCCGGUGACGGUUUGGCGGGCGCUUAGUCGAAUGUGGCAGUUGAUUUCUAAAGAUCGUUUGGUUAUUUUCGCUGCUUUUUCCACCCUGAUUGUGGCUGCACUUUCGGAGAUAUCUAUACCACAUUACUUGACAGCAUCAAUAUUUUCGGCACAGAGUGGUGAAAUAGUAGUGUUCCACCAGAAUGUACGGCUUCUGAUUAUGAUAUGUGUUACUGCAGGAAUAUGCAGUGGUCUGCGAGGAUGCUGCUUUGGCAUUGCAAAUAUGAUCCUUGUUAAGCGAAUGAGGGAAACACUGUAUUCUGCUCUUCUUCUUCAGGACAUAUCCUUUUUUGAUGGUGAAACUGUCGGUGAUUUAACGAGUAGGCUUGGUUCAGAUUGUCAACAAGUGUCACGUGUGAUUGGGAACGAUCUUAAUCUGAUUUUGCGAAAUGUUCUUCAGGGGACAGGUGCCUUGAUCUACUUGCUGAUUUUGUCAUGGCCACUUGGUUUAUGCACAUUGGUGAUAUGCUCUACUCUAGCAGCAGUUAUGCUGGUCUAUGGCCUGUAUCAGAAAAAGGCAGCUAAAUUAAUCCAAGAAUUCACUGCUUCUGCCAAUGAGGUGGCUCAAGAGACAUUUUCUUUAAUGAGAACUGUUCGUGUUUAUGGAACAGAGAAGCAAGAGCUGAAAAGGUACAAUCAUUGGCUGAAUAAACUGGCUGAUAUAAGCUUGCGACAAAGUGCUGCUUAUGGAGUUUGGAAUCUGAGCUUCAACACUCUUUACCACUCAACUCAGAUUAUUGCUGUGCUGGUUGGAGGGAUGUACAUUCUUGCUGGUCAGAUAACAGCUGAGAAACUUACAAAGUUUAUACUAUACAGUGAAUGGCUAAUCUAUUCAACAUGGUGGGUUGGGGAUAAUGUAUCAUCAUUGAUGCAAUCUGUUGGAGCAAGUGAAAAGGUCUUCCAGUUGAUGGAUCUUAUGCCCAGUGACCAAUUCAUAUCGAAAGGAAUGACAAUGCAAAAGCUGCUGGGGCAUAUAGAGUUUGUAAAUGUAUCUUUUCAAUAUCCUUCAAGAGAAACGGUACCAGUCCUACGGUGUAUAAAUUUAUCAAUUCAUCCUGGGGAAGUGGUUGCUAUAGUUGGUCUCAGUGGUAGUGGAAAAAGCACGCUGGUGAAUCUUUUGCUCCGUCUCUAUGAGCCAACAAAUGGUCAGAUUUUAAUUGAUGGCGUCCCUCUCAGAGAAUUGGACAUCAAGUGGUUGAGGGGAAAAAUAGGAUAUGUGGGACAGGAACCAAAACUUUUCCGCAUGGACAUUAGUUCAAAUAUUAAAUACGGAUGUACCAGAAACGUAAAGCAAGAGGAUGUUGAAUGGGCUGCCAAGCAGGCAUAUGCCCAUGACUUCAUCACGUUGCUCCCCAAUGGGUAUAACACACUUGUUGAUGAUGAUCUGCUCAGUGGAGGACAAAAGCAGAGAAUUGCCAUUGCUCGAGCCAUUCUUAGAGACCCUACAAUAUUGAUCCUUGAUGAAGCAACCAGUGCAUUGGAUGCAGAGAGUGAACACAAUGUUAAGGGCGUUCUUCAUGCUGUCAGAAGUGACUCAUCAACAAAAAGAACUGUCAUAGUAAUUGCGCACCGGCUUUCUACAAUACAAGCUGCUGACAGAAUUGUGGUGAUGGAUGGUGGUCAAAUCAUUGAGAUGGGCAGUCACAGUGAGCUUCUUUGUAAAGAUGGCUUAUAUGCACGAUUGACAAGAAGACAGACUGAUGCUCUAGUAUGAUUGUCAUUUAAACCGGCACAUCAUAAUCUAUCUCAAUUCAAGUUUUCUUCAACCUAUAUCUCAACAAAUAUAGUAUAGGAGGUCAAAGCAACUUUUCACAGCUGACCAGUGCGUUUAUAACCAUACAACAAGAACACAUUAUGUCUUGGAACGGGGAGAGGGUUGCAAAAAGGACAUUUGCUAAGUGAUUUUCUUUAUGCUACCCGAGUCAGCAUUUGCCAGGGCAUUGAACAGUAUGCAAGCAGAUUCUUUGCUAUUCCAAUAUUGAUCAAGGCAUGAGUUUGCACAGAAUUACUAUACUCAGGAAGGUAAGGGAGCGACACUAGAUGUAGAAUGUACUAUUAACUGCACCAUAUAUGAUCCAUCACCAUGCUUAUAAUGUUACCAUGUAAAUUUGAUGAAAAACUCUUGCCUCAGUUCAUAAUUUAAAACAAUUAUGUUGGAGAUAACAUUGCAAGUAAUGAUUGAGCUCCUUUAGACAUAUUUUCCGA